GGACCUGAGUAACAAAGCACCAUAUUCGUGUUCAGUGCAAAAUAGUGACUGGGAAGAGUUGAAAUGAGGCCAUUUCUUUGAUGCGGAAUACAUCGAUAUCUUACUUAGUCGGCAAUGGCGUCGGUGUGGAAGCGACUGCAGCGCGUGAACAAGCGCGCCGCCAAGUUUCAGUACACCGCCUCCUACCACCGCGUUGAUCUCGAAACGUCGCCUAAGUGGAAACCGAACAAGUUGAGUAUAGUAUGGACGCGACGUUCGCGGCGUGUCAUCACUGACCCCCUGGAGUGGGAGCCUUCGCUAAAGGAUCCGCUCAAGGGCACAGUAGUCUACACGGUCCCCGAAAACCACACGGUGGCCGUGACCUUGUUUAAGGAUUCUCGCACCAAUGAACUUGAAGAUAAAGACUGGACUUUUGUCUUGGAAGAUGUGUCGUCGACGGGCAAGCGCCGCCGCCUGGCGGUUCGCUCCAUCAACAUGCGCAAGUACGCCAGCCUGGAGCCCUCGCAGCGCGCGCUGGCGCUCAGCAUGGACCCCACCACGCAGAAGAUCGUCGGCGCCACCGUCCACCUCACGCUGCACUGCGUCCUGCUGCGGGAGGGCCAGGCCACCGACGAAGAUAUGCAAUCGUUGGCUUCGCUCCUUUCCGUGAACAACAAUUCUGACAUCGCUGUGCUGGAAGAUCUCGACGAGGACGACACUUAUACGCUCUCCGACAAUUCAACUAGACAGGUGCUAGAUUUCCGCCAACAAAUGGAAGAAAUGACACAGUCUCUCACGAACAGCGAUAUCGCAGCCACCCCCAACAGCGUCCAAAGCCUCAACUUCGACAACUCCCGCACCCCCACCGCGCCUGUCUCGCCAGAAGUACCAGAACAUCCCCCGAACGACCUAGGUGCUGUAACACCAGUAAAUGAAGAGUUGAAAAUCACAGAAAAACCAGAAAAAUCACGGCCAGAUUUCCUGUCAAAUUUGACCAAAAUGGCUAUGAAGGAACCGCCGAAAUUUUCGUCAACGCCCAGUAAAGUUAAUUCGGAAUUAAAAACGGAUAGUUUAAUUAAAACGAAUAUAUUUAAACCUAAUGCAGUUGUGAGGAGGAACUUAAAACCUCUGGAGUUUAAAACGAAUCUGAAUAAUAUUAAUUUGGAUAAAAAUGACAAUGAAGAAGAUGACAAGACACCCACUGGAGAAGUGGAGAAAUUAUUGCCUGGAAGGAUGGAUAAGGAUAAAACACCGACGCCGGACCAGGGAAAUGUAAACGAUUUGCCAGAAUCAGUGGACUACAGCGAAACUUCACAGACGCCAACCGAAGAAAAUGUCACACCGUUGCCAGAAACUACAGGCAAUGUUGAAAAGCAGACGUCGACUGAAGAAACGGCCGUUGAAAUUGUCGAACCGGUGCCGGAAACAGCCGAUUACAGUAAAAUACCACAGGUGCAAGACCUCCUGGAAUGGUGCCAGUCCGUGACGCGCGAGUACCGCUCCUGUCGCGUCACCAAUCUCACGACGAGCUUCCGCUCCGGCCUCGCCUUCUGCGCGAUUGUUCAUCGACAUCGCCCGGAUCUCAUCGACUUCUCGGGGCUGCAGCCCGACGAGGCGGAGCGCAACGUGCGCAUCGCGCUGGAGGCCAGCGCCAAGCUCGGCAUCUCGCAGGUGCUGACCGUGGCCGACGUCUGCGCGCGCGCCACGCCCGACCGCCUGGCGAUCAUGACCUACCUGUUCCAACUGAGAGCGCACUUCACCGGCAACGAGCUGCAGGUCGAACAACUAGGCAACGACGAGACGGAGUCGUCGUACUUGGUCGGCCGCCACGACACCGACGGUUCCUUGCCGCAGGACCUCUUCAGUCGAGAGAUCAGCACGAGAAGAUCGCAUCGAAUGGAGAAUAAGUCUCGGCCCGUGUCUCAAGACUCUCAAGAAUCUCGCCACUCCCAAGAACGUUCAACGCCGGACAAGCCGAACUCCCCUGGGGCGAUCAAAGACGUCCGCGAUAUGUUCCUGCAACAGUCCAAGAGCAUACUCAAUAAAAUGCUAUCUCCACCCGGGAAUAAACCUACGGCCAAGUGGUUUGCGGAACCGCUUAAAGCCAAUGAGCAGCCGCAGCAGCCUCAGCCGCAGCCUUUGCCGCAGCCGCAGCCGCAAUUGCGUCUAAUGACGCGCAAAGAGCUGACCGAUCCUUUCGGUUCGGACGACGAAGAGGACCAACCCCUACCGCACCGCAACGGACUUCACGACGCUGAACCUGCGAAAUCAGAACAACAAGAGCCGUUAACAGAUCCUCUAAACGUGGUGAUUCUCAGCAACCCAGCUAGUCCUGGAACUGACUCCCAGCCGAAGCUGCAAACGCCCGAAUUGCCCAAACCGACGCCGCAAUUGUUAUCACGUCACGAUGAGCUGAAGGAAAGAGCGAGACUACUACUAGAACAAACUAAAAAAGAGGCUAGAGAAAAAGAGAGAUUCAGAAGACAAAAAGAAAAGGAAGAAGCAAAAGCUGAGAUGAACGGAGUUAAAAGUGACGAAGUGAGCCCUAAAAAGUCGAUGACGGUGGAAGAAAGACAGACAAUGCUCCGGGAGCGAGCGAGAAAACUGAUCGCUGAUGCGCGAGCGGGCAUUGUUAGCCCUAAUUCCCCUCUAUCGCCGAACCGCGCGACACGCGGCACCGUCGAGAUCAUCAGCAAGCAAUCGGUCAUGGACGAAAUUGCCGCCGCGGGUGGAGUAGAACAACUGGACGCUCUACUAGCGCGUGCUGACUCCGUGCAUUCCAACUCCAGUAACGGGUCGAGGAAGAGCUCCGCUAGUCCAGACCGAUCUGAGGAGCGCAACAGCGAAGAUACCCGGAGCGUGAAAAGCGGGUCUCCUCUGCAAUCCUUCUCCGCUAUGCUGGACAGGCUAACGCCGGACAAGGACAAUAUGGAUGAGGGCAAGGAGACGGGCUCGUACAUCCAGAGCGAGCUGGAGGCGCUGGAGCGCGAGCAGAAGGCCAUCGACGAGCGCGCCGCGGCGCUGGAGAAGCAGCUGCGCCGCGUCAUGGAGCAGGCCGACAACACGCAGGAGGAAGACAGACUGAUGUCUCAAUGGUUCAACUUAGUCAACAAGAAGAACGCACUUAUACGGCGGCAAAUGCAACUUAAUAUACUCGAGCAGGAGGAGGACCUGAGCCGGCGCUGCGAGCUGCUGGCGCGCGAGCUGCGCCUGUCGCUGGGCGUGGACGAGUGGCGCAAGACGCCGCAGCAGAAGCGCCGCGAGCGCCUGCUGCUGCAGGAGCUGCUCUCGGCCGUCAACGAGCGGGACCGGCUGGUGCAGGAGAUGGACGAGCAGGAGAGAGCGAUAGCAGAUGACGCGGAGAUAGAACAUAAUCUAUCACAAGUAGAAAUACAAAGGAAAAACAACUGUAUACUUCAGUGAAUAAAAUUUAAAAUACGCCGUGAUGGUCAUAAUUGCUUGUAUAGGUAAGGGCGAUACAUUUUAUUGUAUUGAUGUUUUUUUUUCAUUAAGAGCCGGAAUUUAAAUUUUUUUAGUGAUUCCGGCCGCAGUCGUAAUUAUAACAGACUUUAUUCGUGUACUGUAUUUUGACAAGUAAUUGAUUGAUUCUUACAUUAAAUAGUUGACCUUAAACAAGGAAAUAUCAGCUGAAACUACAAGACACGUUGUUGUUUAUUUGUUUUUAGUUGCAAGCAAAAUGUAUACAGUAGAUCUAA